AUGGUCUCAACCCGACAGCAUCCCAGCGAAUUUCCUUCUCCGGAGGACGCUGCCAAACAAUUUGCCAAGUCGUCGCCGGCGCCAACCACCGACGGAACGGCGCGAAAAUGGGUCCAUACACCAUCGGUCGCGCUGACCAUCUGGCUUGUCAUAUCAGUUCCUCUGGUGAUCUGGGAUACUGGCUAUAUUCUGUUGCGACCGCAUAGCAUGCCGGGAGGAAGCCUGCACUCACCCUUCUGGAAGCCAUACGCGCUCUAUGGAUCAGUGGACUACGUUUAUGGCUGGCCUGCAUGGAACGCGCGAAAUGGCUUUACGGCUGCACAAGGCAUGAUGAAUGUGAUAGAGACCUUGGGCUAUCUCUACUAUCUUUCGGUUGUCUACCGUCAUGGUGCAACGGUCGCGGCCAGCCGAGGAAACAAGAAAACCACCAAGGGUCUACUCUGGCUCUUGACUGGAGAGAAGGUCGUCGCUGGAAGGACUGGUGCCGUGGCACUUCUCGUUGCUUUCAUGGCAUCGGUCAUGACUUUGAGCAAGACCAUGCUUUACUUGCUCAAUGAGUAUUUCUCAGACUUUGCCAAUAUCGGACACAACACGGCAUGGGACACCAUUUUCUUGUGGAUCAUUCCAAAGUAUGACUAUCGCUGGUUCCAAUCUAUGACAACUGCUAUCCUCUUCGGGACUCCCUUUUCUGACCAGGUUCUAUAUUCUAGUGGUCUUUGGAUUGUUUUCCCAGCCUACAGCGUCGUUGUUCUUGGCGAAGAGAUACUGAGUGCCCUUGAACAGGCUCCACCACAAUGGCCAGGGCGAACCAAGUCUUCCUAA